AUUUUAUAUAAUGAUCGAUCAGAUAAGGAGGGGAAAGUAAUUAACGACCAGUCCCUUGUUAUUAAUCUCCAUCCUAUCGUCUACGUAUAAACCCAGCUCUUUUUAAAUUAUUAUUACUUGAUGUAUAUGGAGAAAAGGUGUUCUACAAGUAUGUUAAGAACGAGAUCGGAUCAGCUGCUGGAGAUGAUGGCGGCGGCCUUGAAGUCACCGGACAGCAGCGGAGGAGAGGGGCUACGGAGGAAGGUUUCAUCGCCAGGGCGGAGCACACACAUUAGGAAGUGGAGAAGCGCGCAGAUGAAGCAUGAGUUGGAGGAGCUGAGCAGUGGCGUCGCACUGAGCCGCGCCUCCAGCGCCAGCUUAGCCUUACCCUUUUCCUUCACCGGCUUCACCCUACCACCGCCGGCAGACAAUAUACCUGCAGCUGAUUCUGAGCUGGCGGCAUUCAGCGACGGCGACGAUGACAAUGGUACGUACAUAAAUUAAUGAUGAUCAUAUAUAUCCCGCGGCUAAAAUAAGUUGUCUAACCCACCGCCCUAUUUAUUUAAGCAACGUUUAUGGUAUCAAUGUUUUAUAAAAAUUGUCUUCAAUAUAACAUUGUGCCAUUUUUGUAAGAAAUGUCAUCUUUUCUAAAAAUGCUAAAAUUUUCAUUGAAUCUGUCAUUAUUAU